AUGGCCAGAGCAACAACAAGACCUCAACAUCAAUCUAGAUCUGGUAGUGCCUCUGCAGAGGCAUCUCAGGAGGAGGAGGAGCACACUGUCACCCAACCCACACCACUGGAGACCCCUCCUCAAUCUCAACCCACUGUGCCUUCUCGUGCUGCAGAAGGGGACCCAGAGGAUGGACAAGGCCAUACUCGACCUCAGACUGAAAAUCGAGAGGAGCAAUCCCAGGCACUACAUGAUGGCGACCAAUCCGGAGAGGGUGCGAAGGAUGGUGGAGAGGGCCAUCAAGAAGGAGAUGAGCAGAAAGAUAAGCCGGGGAAGGAACACGAUGAUGGCGGCGAGGAAGGAAAUGACCAGGACGUGCACGAAGGAGAAAACAGUGGUGAAGAAGAGAAUGGAGAAUACGAAGCGGACGAAGAGGAUGAGGAGGAAGGAGACGAAUACAGAGACGAGGAAGAAGAGGAAGAGGAAGAGGGAGAAGAAGACGAGGAAGAGGAAGAAGAAGACGAGGAAGAAGAAGAAGAAGAGGAAGAAGGAGACGAGGAUGAAGAGGAUGACGAGGGUGAUGGUGGCCAUGAAGAAGAGCAGGAGGAAGAAGUGGAGGAAGAGGUUGUGGUCAAGAAGACCAGGAAGAGUACGCGCACGUUUCGUAAGCCAUCCUCCAGGGGUUCCAAGGCACCCGAGAAGGGCGAGGAUCACCCUGAUUACAUCGAGAUGAUCUCGCGAGGCAUCCGGUACGAAAAGAACCGCAAUGGGUCGACGCGGUCCUACAUUAAGGACUACAUCAAUAAGACCUACAGCAUAGAUCUCACGACGAUCGACGCUCACUUCAACAAGGCUGUCAAGCGGAGAACAAAGGCAGUAUCUGCUCCAGCUCUGGAACCCGGGCCCAAGAGCAAGCCUACGGCGAUUACAUCCUCCGUAAAGGUCAAAGGCAAGGUAUUCGCUACGGAACCCGCUUCCAAAUCGAAGGGCAAGAGUGUUGCAAAGAAGACAGCAGCUUCUGAAGCCCCAGCAAAAGCCAAGGCCAAGGCCAAGGAUGCUGCCCUGACGACGAGAACCAGCUGGUGCCUCUUCCUCCAAAUCCGCUGCCAGCACAUCGAAGUUGGUGGCAACUGGGGCCAAAGCCAAGGCAACUGCGGCCAAGAACAGGAUGACUCCAGCGAAAACGAAGGUAGCGCCUACGAGAGCAAAGGCAACUACUGCUUCUGCAAAACCAAAGUCGAGAACCAUUACCACCAAAGCCAAAGUAGCCACAGGCAAGGCAGCAACAACCAAGGCGGCAACAGCCUCCAAAUCCACGGCGACGAAGGGCAAGCAGUUGGCCAAGACCACUGUCGCAAGCAAGAGAGUAGCAGCGUCCAAGACCGCUCCAAAGAAGGUUGCUAUCACGCGGGGAACCAAGCGAAAAGCGGACCAGAUGCAGGAGGACGAUACUCAAGAGCAGGUUCGCGUUUCGACACGCGCCAAAAGGAGCUCGACCAUGGCGGGGCCGAUCAAGAUCCCGAGAACUGGAUCGAAUCCAUCAGCAACAAGCAGAAGGGCCAAGUUGCAGAGUAG